AUGCAGAAUAUUUUGGUCGACAAGAUCCGCAAGCAGGAAAUAGCAGAUAACAUCGCUGAUAUUACCAAUAGAAUUCAAUCUAUUCCAUGCAAACACUCUUGGCAAAAGCAGAUUCGAUUGGUAGCAGUAUCCAAAACUAAGCCUGCAUCAGAUAUUGCUGCAGCAUAUGAGCUCGGCCAUCGUCAUUUUGGUGAAAAUGUGCAAGAAUUGGUUGAAAAGGCUUCCAUUCUUCCCAGUGAUAUUCACUGGCACUUUAUUGGAUCUAUUCAGUCCAAUAAAUGUAAAGCUCUAGCCGAUGUGCCGAAUCUAUGGACGAUUGAAACAAUCGACAGUUCAAAGAAAGCAUUGACCAUGAACAAGGCAUGUCAGAAACUCGCAAGUCCACUGCGUGUCUUUUUACAAAUCAACACUAGUGGCGAAGCAACAAAAAGUGGUAUUUUACCCUCAAACUGCGUCAUGACAGCAAAGGAAAUUCUAGAUGAAUGCGAUAAAUUGGAGUUGAUAGGAUUGAUGUGCAUUGGUGCUCCACACAAUGCAAAGAAUGAUCGCAAUCCGGACUUUGAUUUACUGGUCGAAUGUAAACAACAAAUUGAAGCUGCCUUUGGAAUGUCAGGUUUAGAGCUUAGCAUGGGUAUGUCUGAUGACUUUGAAUCAGCAAUUGAGUAUGGGUCUACAAACAUUAGGGUAGGAAGUAGCAUUUUUGGUAGUCGCUCAUAUACAAAAUGA